AUGUUGACGUUCAAGACGUCCACUCGAUUUGCUAUCCUCACAUUCGUCUCGUUCUUCUUGCCUCGUAUCAGUGCUCAGACUUUUCUCGCGGUGGACUGGAGCAAGCGUACCUAUGGGCCAGAUGGACCAUGGAAUGCUGUUUCUGUUCAAGUUGGGGGCAUGAGAAACUCUACGCCUAUCAAAUUACAGCAAGUCCCCAUCGAUCUCUACCCUGGCAGCACCUGGUCCACAUUCGUUCCCAGUAACGUGUCUUAUUUGGACCGCGGCACGGAGCCCUCACCUGAGUGGAAUGUCAGCGUUGGUUGGCAGCCGACAUUCACCUACAACAACACAAAGACCAAUCUUCGUGCAUACGUAGUCCCCCAAGCGAUCACUAUAGGUGGACAGACGAUAUACCAAGCCGACCUGGUCAGCGUGGAGCCCGAUGAUUAUGACGAAGGCGACGAUGACUCUGUCACAUAUCCUAAUGGCGUGUCGGCUCUUCCACAGGUCGGACUGCUGGCGCUCACUGCUGGACCCAACGAGAAAGACAUGAUCCAAAUUUUUGACAAGAGUGCCACAAAUACUUCCGUCGGCGCAGCCAGUGUUUGGAUACCCGCAGGAUACCUAUACAAUCAAAGCAUCAUUCCAUCUUACUCUUAUGGGCUACACAUCGGGUCUGCUGCCUUGGGUUACUCUGGAUCUCUGUUACUGGGUGGCUACGACAAAGCAAGAGUGAUCGGACCAUAUACUACUUAUGGCAGUCAAACCCCAACCCUGCUUGACAUAGGCAUUGGUGUCGAGACAGGAGGCAGUCCGUUUGCAUUCCAGAACAAGACUGGUCUACUAGUUGUCGACAACGACAAUAAGAUCAAUGUAGAGAUUGUGCCACAUUCGCCCUCUCUCUAUCUUCCACCCAAGACCUGUGAUGGACUGACCAAAGUACUACCGAUUUACUUUGACCAAACGACCAAAUACUAUCUGUGGAACACUUCUGAUCCUGCUUACAAGCAGAUAGUCACUUCGCCAGCCUAUCUAAGCUUCACUUUCCCUCCAGCGCCUGGCGCUACAAAUAAUGUCACCAUCAAGAUACCUUUCGGCUUGCUCAACCUGACUUUGAGCUCUCCCAUUGUCUCUACACCACUUCAAUACUUCCCAUGUCAAGCUACAACACCCAGCACAGACAACGGCAUGACAUACGCUCUCGGUCGUGCCUUCUUGCAAGGAGCCUUUGUUGGCUGGAACGUGAAUGCAAACAUUGGCUGGCUUGCUCAAGCUCCCGGUCCGGGUGACUCGAACAUAGGACUUGGAUCCGAAUGCAAGAUCAUAGCAAACGAUGCUACCAUACUCGAAGUAUACGAUGGCACGCAGACCAAUUACUUUGCACAAUCUUGGGCCAAACAUUGGACACCACUUCCACCGACCUCAACAACGCCAUCCUCUGCGUCUUCUACGCAGACAAGUCAGUCAAAGACUAUCUCAACAGGCGCCAUAGCUGGUAUCGCUGUUGGGGCUAUCAUUGCGAUUAUUGCACUCAUCACUGGCAUCGUUCUCUGCAUGAGACGAAAGAGAAAGCACAAAGCUAUCAAAGAGAUCCCUCUCGACGACCGUAGCGACUCUCCCAAGACUGAUGACAUAAUGAUUGAUUCUCCUUCUCGCCUUCUGACUCCUCCACCUCCAUUCACUCAUGGUCCGAGCGAGCUUCACCAGGGUCAGUUCUAUCAAGUUUCGGAGAUGCCCAGUAAUCGCGAGAUUCAAGAGUUGCACUCGGAGGCUCGAGCUCCUCCUGUGAGGCCUGGUAGGGUGGAACAGCGUGAUGUUCAUGAACUUGGGCUUCCUCCUACUCCUAUUGCUUGA